AUGCUAAGCAACUAUCCCUCUUCUUCUUCCUCCCACCAUCCAUUUGCUGCUGAAAAUGGAAACAUUAGUAAAAGAAAAAGAAGGCCAGCAGGAACUCCAGAUCCAGAUGCAGAAGUGGUAUCUUUAUCCCCGAAGACCUUAUUGGAAUCGGAUCGAUACGUUUGUGAGAUCUGCAACCAAGGGUUUCAGAGAGACCAGAACUUGCAGAUGCAUAGGAGAAGGCACAAGGUGCCUUGGAAGCUGCAAAAGCGCGAAAUUCCGAUAGUGAGAAAGCGCGUUUUUGUCUGCCCAGAACCUACUUGCCUUCACCAUGAUCCUUGCCAUGCACUGGGUGAUCUCGUGGGAAUUAAGAAGCAUUUUAGAAGAAAACACAGUAAUCAUAAGCAGUGGGUUUGUGAGAAAUGCUCAAAAGGCUAUGCUGUUCAAUCAGAUUAUAAGGCUCAUCUCAAAACCUGUGGAACUCGAGGCCAUUCCUGUGAUUGUGGCCGUGUUUUCUCCAGGGUGGAGAGUUUUAUUGAACAUCAAGACGCGUGCAGUAUGGGGCAGCUCGGAGCAGACUCACAAGCGUUACAGUCUACGGCUUGCCUGUCCCGAACAGCGUCAGGUCCCAGUCCCUCCAGUGACACCAAUCUCAGUAAUGUUGCACCAAGGCCUAUUUUCAUGACCAGUGUUUGUGAAACUAUGAAUCCAAGACCUGCAUUUUUAGAGCUUCAGCUGUUAACAAAACCCCAUGUUAAUGACGAGGAUAAGUCGAUGCAUUUGCAGCUGUCCAUUGGUUCAUCAGAAAUCAGUGAGAAAAACGAAAUGGAUAACACGAAUCUAAGCAGAUUUUCUCCAAGGAAGAGUGGCACUAGUGAGAAACUGGCGAGAGUUAAAAGGCACACGCAAGAACAGUUAAGACUCGUCAUGGCAGAAAAAACAUUUGCUGAAGAGGCUAGAAUACAGGCUAAGCGGCAGUGUGAACUUGCUGAGCGCGAAUUUGUCAAUGCCAAGAGAAUUAGGCAACAAGCGAGAUCCGAGUUAGAGGAAGCACAGGCCUUGAAGGAACACGCUAUCAUGAAGAUCAAUUCGACCAUUUUGCAACUCACUUGCCAUUCUUGCAAACAAAAGUUCCAAAAGGGAAUAACAGAAGCAUCGACUCCCUUCGAGAAUUCAUUCGGAUUGAGCUACAUAUCAUCUGCUCUAAGAGAACCUACUGAUCAUUUAAAUUUUUUUCAACUUUGA